AUGGAAAUCCUUGAGGACGAUUCGGAGCGGCUCAUCAACAGAAGCUCGGAAUUCGAAGAUGAAGUGGAGGAGUGGUAUGAGCGAUGUUUUGGUGAGAGAAGGAGCAGCACGAGAGAUGAGAUGAGACAGUCCUCACAGAAACCUCUCAGUCCCACUCCAGCAGGCUUUUCACCACCGCCAGUUCUCACACCAGAAGUUCCGGAUAAGGAGAAUGUUGACCCAUGCGGGGGCGAUCCGGUCUCAGAAGUGGAUAAUACUCCUCUGAAAGCUCCAGUGAAGAGGCGGAAAAUGGGAUUUAUGGAUGGACGACAUUUUGCAGGCAAGUCCCCCGAAAAGGCUAUCACUGCUUCGAGGAGAAGGAAUUGA